AUGCAUCUUUUCAGUACUUUCCUAUUGGUCAAUUGUGCUGUUUUCGUUGCGCAAGCAUGCAUUCCAUCACAGAUGGGAAAGAUGGAGCCAGGACCACCAGGACCGGAUGGGCUUGAUGGAGAAGAAGGACCUGAAGGACCAAGAAGAAUAAAAGGUCCUCGAGGAGACACGGGACCAGUUGGAGAGCGACGAGGAGAGCAAGGGCCAAGUGGAACGGAAUAUGAAAUUUGUCGUAAUUAA